CAAGGGUUUACCAUCGCUCAUUUGCCAACGACAAGUCGUCCUCGCACAAAACUUGGAGGACAGUAAAACCCAAAGGAAAUAAAAAAACAAAACUUUGGCUUCUCUCAGAAAAAUCGAAACUUUCAAGACCCUGAAAUUCUCAGUGAAUGGGGAGAUGGAGAGCAGCUUCUCUACUCCUCAAGCAAGUAGCCAUAGCCACCACACCACCCAAAUCCUCUACUCUCUUCUUCAACCCUAUCACUUCUUCUUCUUCUUUUUUAUCUAAAUACCCAACUCAUCAAUUCAACUACUUCUCCAUCAAGUCUAGGCCUUUCUCUGCAAUCCCAUCUCGGGUCGACUCAAUCGACCCGACUGAUUUCGAAUUCGAACCCGUCUAUUGUCCCCAAGAACAGCUCAAUGAGGAUGACGACGCCGCAAAAAUACCCAUCAAGGCGUACUUCCUCUGCACCAGUAUCAAUUUGAAGAGCAUGCAGGCUGAGUAUUUGAGCAAUGUCAUUCCUCCUUCGUCGCGUUCGACCAAUUACAUUGCACUCCGGUUUUGCGAAUUCCCUUCGGAAAUUAAUAGAUUUGGAGUAUGGGAGAAUCCCAGGUCGUGGCGUUACAUGGUAGUAUUCCAGUAUGGAUCUACUGUUCUGUUUAAUGUUGAGGAGCAUGAAGUUCAAGCUUACCUAAAUCUAGUUAUACGGCAUGCUUCUGGGGUGCUACGAGAGAUGGUGAAAGAUGAUUAUGCUGUAAAACAGAAGCCCCAGAUGGUUGACGAUAUGCAGGGUGGGCCAGACUACAUAGUUCUUAGAACUUUGGACACAGACAGUAUCCGCAUCAUUGGAAGUGUGCUUGGCCAAAGUAUUGCUUUAGAUUAUUUUGUUUCUCAGGUUGAUGGUAUGGUUGAAGAGUUUGCAGAUAUAAAUCGUGGCAUGGAAAAAACUGGAACUUUCACUAUGCAUAAAAAGAAGCUACUCCAACUCGUUGGAAAGGCCAACUCAACUCUAGCUGACGUAAUUGUCAAAGUUGGUCUGUUUGAGAGAUCAGAAAUUGCUUGGAGGGAUGCAAAGUAUGCUAAAAUACAUGAAUAUUUAAGGGAGGAGUAUGAGGUUACACAACGAUUUGGAAACUUGGAUUUUAAGUUAAAAUUUGUAGAGCACAACAUUCAUUUCUUGCAAGAAGUCCUACAAAACAGAAAAUCUGAUCUUCUGGAAUGGUGCAUAAUCUUCCUGUUGGCCAUAGAGAAUAUUAUUUCAUUAUACGAGAUUGUUCGUGAUUCGGGUGCAGUUUCUGGGUGAUCUGGCAAGCAGAUGAGAAACUUGCAGCUGCAUAAUUUAUAGGAACCCAAUUUUAUAACCAAAUUUUGUCCUACAGGGAAAAGUGAUCCUUGUAAAUUGUACUCUCAUAAUGUUUUAUAUUCAAUCCAAUUGAAUU